UCGCCUGGUGCCUCUGCCAUCUUGCCUGUGGCGAGGUCCCAGACCCCGAGGGCUUCGAGUCCGAGCAGGAAGUGACGGAAACGGGAGGGCCUGUGUUCUGGGACCUAGAAGGCCGCCCCGGCUCCCCGACCGACCACACGGGGGACGCCCUGGACUGCGCGUCCCACCUUGCGGACGAGGCCGUGGCAGCCAUCGUGCAGCAGCUGACCAACCAGGAUGGCCUGGACGUGCGCCCCCCCGCCCCCCCAGGUCACCGGGAUGCUGGACCCGGUCAUUUGCACAAGGGCAGACAUGAAGCUUUCAGCACACAGGCCAGAGCCGUCUUGUCCAUUCAUGCAUCGUGAGGCAAGCAGUCGUGGUGACCUCAACCCCAGAGCCCCCCAGUUUCAGGGAAGCUCACAGCCCUUGGCUCCGAGCCAGGGAGACGUCAUGCCCAGAGAGCCCACACCCUCGGAUGACCAGGAAGCGCUUGUCCACCCCCCAAGACCGGAAAGGCAGCAGCAACCACCUGGAGCACAGGGCUGUCCUCAGUGUCUCCUGCUGCAGAGAGAAGUUGACAACCUGAAAGAGCAGCUUGCGGCCCUGCAGUCCCUGACUGACCAGUUCCAGACCCUUUGAAGUGAGUGUUACACACACCAUACCCCUUCCCAUGGUCGUGGCUGCUGAGGAGGGCCGUGGGCUGGCCCUGGCCUGAUGCUCUUCUUCCCUGACUCUGCUCUGUUGGAGAAGCUGAGUCAGCAUCUCUGUACAAGAGGGGCGGCUGGUACCUUUGGAGCCAGGAAGCUGUGCCCAAGCUGCUUCCCUCCCGUUCGACGUUCGACCUCGGCCUGGGCUUCCUCUCCCUGUUUUUUGCC